UCAGAGGGACCUGGACCCCGGGCGCCCUGGUAAAUGGACUCUUAACGAAAAUUCAGAAAUACAUUUUUUAAAUAGAAGACAAUAAAAAUUACCAAUAAUCCUACCACCUGAGAUGGCCGUAUUUUGAAUCCUGCUUGUCUGAAAUGCAGUUAACACAUCAGCUGGACCUAUUUCCCGAAUGCAGGGUGACCCUUCUGUUAUUUAAAGAUGUAAAAAAUGCUGGAGACUUGAGAAAAAAGGCCAUGGAAGGUGCUAUUGAGGGUUCAUUAAUAAACCCUAAGGUGAUUGUUGAUCCAUUUCAGAUACUUGUGGCAGCAAACAAAGCAGUUCAUCUCUACAAACUGGGAAAAAUGAAGACAAGAACUCUAUCAACUGAAAUUAUUUUCAACCUUUCCCCAAAUAACAGUAUUUCAGAAGCUUUGAAAAAAUUUGGUAUCUCAGCAAAUGACACUUCAAUUCUUAUUGUUUACAUUGAAGAGGGAGAAAAACAAAUAAAUCAAGAAGACCUAAUAUCUCAGGUUGAAGGUCAUCAAGUUUCUCUAAAAAACCUUCCUGACAUAACAAAUAUUACAGAAGUCAAAAAGAUAUAUAAACUAUCUUCACAAGAAGAAAGUAUUGGAACAUUAUUGGAUGGUAUCAUUUGUAGAAUGUCAACAAAAGAUGUUUUGUGAAAUGACAGAAGUCUUAAAAAUUUUCAGCAUUUAUAAAAAAACAUGGAUUUUUCUUUGUUGAUUAUAAUAUGUUCAAUCAUAGAAAACACAGAAUGGUACAACAAAGAAAA